AUGGACUCAUUUAAUUUACCUACGACAGCUAAAAAGGCAAGUGCAUUCACAGGUCCCAAUUCAUUAUCAAUUCCUCAAAGUUUGAAUGAAGAUUUAAAGAAAGAAGAAUUAGAUAUCAUAGAACCCAAAACAGAAGACAAUGAAGGUUCUGCUUUAGGUAUUGUGCCUACCUUACAGAAUAUUGUCGCCACUGUAAAUUUGGAUUGUAGAUUGGAUUUAAAAACUAUCGCGUUACAUGCUAGAAAUGCUGAAUACAAUCCUAAGCGUUUUGCUGCUGUCAUUAUGAGAAUCAGAGAUCCAAAAACCACCGCAUUAAUCUUCGCUUCUGGUAAGAUGGUUGUUACCGGGGCAAAAUCUGAAGAUGAUUCUAAAUUAGCAUCAAGAAAGUAUGCAAGAAUUAUACAAAAAUUGGGUUUUAACGCUAAAUUCACUGAUUUCAAGAUUCAGAAUAUUGUCGGAUCUUGUGAUGUUAAAUUCCCAAUCAGAUUAGAAGGUUUAGCUUUCUCCCAUGGUACUUUCUCGUCUUAUGAACCUGAAUUGUUUCCUGGUUUAAUUUAUAGAAUGGUUAAACCUAAAAUCGUAUUAUUGAUUUUCGUUUCUGGUAAAAUUGUUUUAACAGGUGCAAAACAAAGAGAAGAAAUUUAUGCAGCUUUCGAAGCUAUUUAUCCCGUUUUAAGUGAAUUCAAGAAAAGUUAA